CAGUGUGUGUGCCGGAGAUGUACGGACCGAUCCUCCAAUCAGGGACUACUGACCGCCUGGGGUCCUGAGCUAAUUCCAUUUCUUCCCAUCCUAGGGGAGCCAACACUUCACUGCUACAUGGAACACUGUGAGAUACACCAAACGUGUUGGGCCCGCCCUCCCAAUCAUGUGAUUCAGGUGUUCCAAUCCCCUCCAUGGACACAGGUGUAUACAAUCAAGCCCCCAGGCAUGCAGACUGCUUCUACAAACAUUGGUGAAAGAAUGGGUCGCUCUCAGGAGCUCAGUGACUCCAAGCGUGGUCCCGUGAUAGGUGGCCACCUGGGCAAUAAGUCCAUCCGUGACAUUUCCUGGCUACUAAAUAUUCCACGCUCAACUGUUAGUGGGAUUAUAACAAAGUGGAAGCAACUGGGAACAACAGCCACUCAGCCACCAAGUGGUAGGCCACGUCACAUGACAGGGCGGGGUCAGCGCAUGCUGAAGCGCACAGUGCGCAGAAGUCACCAACUGUCUGCAGAGUCAAUAGCUAAAGACCUCCAAACUUGGUGUGACCUUCAGAUGAGCCCAACAACAGUGUGUAGAGAGCUUCAUGGAAUGGGUUUCCAUGGCCGAGCAGCUGCAUCCAAG